CUAGAGAUAUUAUCUUCACCCAUCCUCACAAAAAUUCGGUUGAUGAUUUAAUCUGUUCUCGUUUGUUCUGUUUGCCUCUCUAAAUAGUUAGUUACACAAUGAGGUUUGACAAGCAAAUUGAGUUAUCCAUGGAAGGGAGAGAACACUAAAGAAGAGAAAAUACUAAAAACAGAGACCCGUGUUGGGACCGUGUCAGGCAUGAAUGGAUGUCAAACCGACCCUUUCGCUCUCUCUCUCUCUAUCCAUCCACUAGAAGUGUAUAACAUCUCAACCUUCCCCAAAUAUGGGACAAGCACAAAACUUCCUUUAAUUAACAGAAGAACGAGGAUCAAUCAAACGAAGGGAAGGGGGAAAGAACAAAAACUGAAAAAUGGAAACUUUGAAAGCUUUGUUCUUCCUCCUACCUCUCGCCUUGUCCCUGAUCCUCCUCAACUUCAACACCCCAUGCGAAGCAACAGAGGCAGUAACAAAGUCUCCAAUAAGUACUCCAACAAGGGCUCCAACGAGGGUUCCAACAAGGGCUCCAACGAGGGUUCCAACAAGGACUCCAACAGGGGCAGCAACAAGAGCUCCUACAGGGGCAGCAACAACUGCUCCUCAUGUUGACCUGAUUACCACCGCUUGCAAACGCUCAGUGUUCAAGGCCCUGUGCUUAAACACCCUUCGCUCAGAUACCAAAAGUAGUAAAGCAGAUCUCAAGGGCCUCGCAGCUAUCGCAAUUCAGAACACAGUGGCCGUGGCAACCAACACAUCUAACCAUAUAACCGUCUUACUCAACGCCACACCAACAAAAAAUAACUUACUCAACGCCACUUCAACCAGAAAAAAUUUGGGCCACCCCAACGCCAAAGCCACCACCACCCCCGGCGCCGCUGACCCAUUCACUCACCGAUGUCUCUCCGGUUGUAGCAAGGACUACGCCAAUGUCAUUAAUCAACUCAACGGUAGCCUCGCUGCUUUGGGUGCUGGAAAGUACAAUGAUGCCAACUUAGCCCUCUCCGCUGCCAUGGCGACGGUGGAGCUUUGCGAGGAAGGUUUCUCUUCACAGCCAGGCCAUUUCUCGGUGCUGAAAGACAUUAAUUCCAAAUUUAACCAGCUUUGCAGCAAUGCUUUGGCCAUUACUACCCAUUUGGCUGGAUCUUCUGUCUAAUAAUCUCUGUGUUCUAAACCCCUCCUCUGCUUCUUUCCUUCUUGUCCUUGUUUUUUUCCCUAUUUUUGUCCUUAUCUAAUGUAUCAGGAACCACCCAUCCCUCCUAAUUCCCUCAUUCUUAGCACGAGCUACCAUUGUUGAGAAAUGUAUUGUUUUGUCAUGUAAAGUUUGAAAUGUAAAAGGAGAUUGUCAUACA